CGCAUUUAAAUCUAUUUUUUAAGAGAAUUGAUUGGCGGAAACAUUUCUUAGAGAUUGGAAAUUAUAUAUUAAAUUGCAUUCAACGUUUAAAUAAAAUAAAAACGCGGACGCCAAUUAAUAAGCUCUUCCGGUUCAUCGUUAUAAAUGUUGAAUAUUACAGACUACAGUUGACUUUUUUCAACCUAUUCGCGUUUUAUGUAGCUGGCUAACAAGUUUAACUGGCAUUCCUAACUGUACAACGAUGGAGACCACGAUUACUCCAAAUAUAUAAAUACGCCGGUUUCGUGGAUAAAAUCAGUCCAUCGUCGGACGUCGAUUAUUUUCACGCUCCAUUGCAAAUAUAUGAAUCGUCGACGAAGUAUUUAAUAGUAAUUUCAAUUUAUUGUGUAAUUUAUGAAUUAGUUUAAAAUUUAUUCGAACACCGAAACAAAAUAUUGUGCACGUGUUAAAUAUUGCAAGAGUAUUAAUUAUUUUAUCGGAAAAAUAUGCGACAGAAAUUCAAAAAUACUCUACAAGGUGGACUAUUCGUGCUGACGCUGUCCUUGUAUUUUAUAAUGUCAAACGGCUUGGUUUAUCACAAUUGCAACUUUUCCCAAUAUUUACAAUCUGGCAGCAUUUAUUAUGUGUACAACCCUGAUUAUCCCAACGUCUCUAAAGGUCGACAAUCGUGCAGGUGGAUUGCGGAAAGUGACUAUCGGGUGAAAUUAACAUGCAAUAAUUUUAACAUACCUUGGAAUUUUAAAUGUGCCAUUGACAAUUUAACUGUACACGUGAAUAAAUCUACGGCCAAUUCCUAUUGUGGCAACGAGACAUUUAGCGUAGAAUCGACAGGAAAAGUCAUGAUCAUUGAAAUGUCAACCGCAUUUUGGUCAUCGGGAGCUAAAUUUUUGUGCGAACUACAAGCGAUCGAAGAAGCAGAGGACGAUAAUUGUAAAUGCGGAUGGAAAAAUCCGACAAAAAUAGUGGGAGGUAAUGAAACUGGGGUGAAUGAAUAUCCCAUGAUGGCUGGUCUCGUCGAUCCUUUUCAAAGAGAUGUAUAUUGCGGAGCAACCAUCAUAUCGCAAAGACACGUUUUGACUGCCGCACAUUGUCUGACAGAUAGAAAUACAAAUAGCGUAGGUGUACUUGUAGGAGAUCACGAUCUUACUACAGGCGCAGACACAAAUGCGACGCGCCUUUAUACCGUAUCCCGAUUCGAUAUACAUCCUCUUUAUAAUGACGAAACUCUAGACAAUGACAUAGCUAUAGUAACGACGAAUUCCAUUAUAAAUUUCAGCGAAGAAAUUGGACCGGCUUGUCUUCCCUUUCAACAUCGGUUCGAUUCUUUUGCAGGAAGUUAUGUAGAUUUAUUGGGUUGGGGAACAACACAAUUUGGCGGAAUGAAAUCAAAAACUUUACAGAAAGUUAUAUUAACCGUACUCACGUAUCAAGAGUGUCGUCGACGGGACCCGAAUUUAUUAUAUAGUCAAUUAUGUACUUAUGGGGAGAAGAAAGACGCGUGUCAGUUCGACAGUGGUGGUCCCGUUCUUUGGCAGAAUCCUACGACGAGACGAGAGGUUCUGGUGGGUAUUAUCAGUUUCGGGACCGGUUGCGGCAAUAACGAACCAGGGAUCAACACACGUGUCGGCACUUACAUAGAUUGGAUUCUAAGUGUAACGUCGGGUACCGAUUACUGCAAGUCUGAAUAAAAGGAACAAGUACUUCAAGUGAUAUUUAAAAGGAUAUCACUUGUUAUUUGUGAACAAUUAUUUUUAUAUAGCUUAUUAUUUAUA